AAUUGUUAUAUUUUAGUGUGAGAAUGAUGUUUGCAAUAAAAAAAGUUUUGCAAUGAGGAAUAGAAGUACAAAAACGAAAAAUAAAAAUCAUGAAAACCAUAUGACUGAUAAUGUUGGUUUACCUUGGUCAACUAAAGAAAAGUUGUUCAUAUCAGUUGCACUUAGACUUUUUUCAGUAUUUUUAACAAGAACAUUUUUUGUUCCAGAUGAGUAUUGGCAAAGCACUGAAGUUGCCCAUUAUAAUGUUUUUGGAUAUGGCUACUUAACUUGGGAGUGGAAGCAAAAAAUUCGUUCAUAUUUUUAUCCAUUUUUGUUUGAGAUCUAUUUUCGAACAAUCAAGCUUUUUGCAAUAGAUUCUCUUUUCUUUAUUGUUUAUGGCCCUCAUGUUAUGCAAGCAUUGCUCACAAGUUGUUGCGAUUUAUCAGUUUAUUACUCGGCAUUCAAUUUGUUUGGAUCAGACAAAAUUGCAUCACUAGCAUUUUUCAAUCAAAUCUGUUCAUGGUUUUUGAUUUAUACAGGCUCAAGAACUCUUUCAAACACUGCUGAAAUGUGUUUUUCUACUUUAGGAAUAUUUUAUUUGUUUGCAAGUACAUCAAAAAGCAAUUUUUUUUUAAGCUUAUUACUUGGAGGUAUUUCUUGCAUUAUUAGACCAACAUCUGUUAUCAUCUGGUUUCCUUUAGUAUUAAGGGAAACUAUAUACAGCAAGCGUUCAAUAAAGAAUAUUGCAGUUAACUUGAUAUUUGUUACAUCUGCAUUGUUGAUGUUAAUGUUAGGUGUUGAUUUCUACUUUUAUAAACAAUUUGUUUUAACACACUGGAACUUUUUACAAUUUAAUUUAAUUGAAGAUAUGAGUCAGUUUUAUGGUUCACACCCAUUUUAUUGGUAUUUUUUUGAAGGUCUUCCUGUUGUUUUUGGAUUUAGUAUUGCAUUUAUAUUUCUUGGAGCCAUAAAAUGCAAAAAACAAAGGUUCUUUCUUUGGAUUAUUUUGCUUUAUGUAAUUGCUCACAGCUUUAUUUCUCAUAAAGAAUUUCGGUUUAUGCUGCCAACAAUUCCAAUAGCUUCUUUUUACGCUGGUUACGGGCUCAAUUUUUUAUCUACUCUUAUAUCCAAAAAAAAGUUUUACAUGUUACUUGUUGUUCUUGUUAUUUCAAACACUUUUGUAGCAUUAUACUUUUGUUUGAUACAUCAACGUGGAUCAAUCGAUGUGAUGAAAUACUUGAGUGCACAAUCCAGCAGAAGUAUAAAAGUUCUCUUUCUUAUGCCAUGUCAUUCUACUCCAUAUUACAGCUACCUUCAUCGUAAUGUCUCUCUACAAUUUUUGACAUGCCACCCAUCAAGUGAGUUAAGCUAUGUUGAAGAAGCAGAAGCUUUUUAUUUUGAACCAAUAUCAUGGUUAAAUGAAAUAGCUGCUUUCUCUAAAACUCAUGUUGUUUUUUAUAAUGUAAUCCCUGAGAGUGUCAAAAUAUAUUUUCAAGACAUAGGCUUUAAACAGGUUGCAUCUUUUUUUCACACUCAUUUUCCAGAAGGAAGGAUUGGAAGUCAUAUUGUUGUUUAUGAAGCUGCAAAUGGAGUGCAACAAAUAAAAUAAUCAGAUUUAUAUAUAUCUAUAUAUCUAUAUAUAUAUAUAUAUAUAUAUAUAUAU